AGCUUGCCGGCCUCCGGAGAGGCUCAAGCUCUGGCCUCCGCCACCGCCAUGUCCGCCAUCAUCGAACAGGAGUUCCAGGAGAUCGAUGCCGUUAACGACUGGCAGGCGCGUUAUCUGGAAAUUCGACAUAAAUCCAGUGACUACCCUCACAGAGUUGCAAAAUACCCGGAAAACAGAAAUCGGAACAGAUACAGAGACGUUAGUCCCUAUGAUCAUAGUCGUGUAAAGCUGCAGAACACAGAAAAUGACUAUAUCAAUGCUAGCCUAGUGGUCAUAGAAGAAGCCCAGAGAUACUACAUUUUAACACAGGGUCCACUACCUAAUACAUGUUGUCAUUUUUGGCUAAUGGUAUGGCAGCAACAAACCAAAGCAGUUGUGAUGCUGAACAGAAUUGUUGAGAAAGACUCGGUGAAGUGUGCACAGUACUGGCCAACAAGAGAGGAGGAUGUUAUGACAUUCAGUGAAACAGGUUUCCGUGUGAGGCUAGUAUCUGAAGACAUCAAAUCCUAUUACACGGUACAUCUACUGCAAUUAGAAAACAUCAAUAGUGGCGAGUCCAGGAUGAUCUUUCAUUUUCAUUAUACCACAUGGCCAGACUUUGGUGUUCCUGAAUCCCCAGCUUCAUUCCUGAACUUCCUCUUCAAAGUCCGAGAAUCUGGGUCACUAAGUCCUGAACACGGACCUGCAGUCGUUCACUGCAGCGCAGGCAUAGGACGCUCUGGCACCUUUUCAUUAGUAGACACUUGUCUUGUUCUGAUGGAGAAAAAGGACCCAUUUUCUGUAGAUAUUAAGAAGGUAUUACUGGAUAUGAGAAAAUACCGAAUGGGACUUAUUCAAACUCCUGAUCAACUAAGAUUUUCCUAUAUGGCUGUAAUAGAAGGAGCAAAAUUUAUAAUGGGAGAUUCCACUAUACAGAAACGGUGGAAAGAGCUUUCUAAGGAGGACCAAGCACCAAGUUCUGAGCAGUCUCCUUCAAACCCAACAAAACUAACCACAGAGAAGUACAAUGGGAACAGCAUAGGCCUGGAGAACAGAGAUCAAAUGGAGAAAAUAAAUACUGACCUGAACUCCACUAAAGCUCAAGAUCUCACAGAUGGAAACAUUGAAAGUUCUGUCCGAAAACGGCUGCGAGAGGAUAGAAAAGCCAACACAGCACAGAAGCUGCAGCAGAUGAAGCAGAAGCUAAAUGAGACUGAAAGAAAAAGAAAAAGGUGGUUAUAUUGGAAACCUAUUCUCAUUAAGAUUGGGUUUGGUACACUGAUUUUAGCUGGUAUUUAUUCUUGCUGGAAAAUGUACUUUCAAGAACAUUCCUUGUAAAGUAAAGAGUGACCCUGUCUGCUUCAGCAGCUGCUUCUGCUGCCAGUCAGUGACCAGGGGUGUGACUUCUAAGCAGUAAAUCCUUGCACCUGGAAUGGGUACAGACUGUUACAUACCAUAGAGAAGUGACUCACCUAAAACUUGAUCCCAUGUCAACAUCUCAGGACUUUCCACUGCAGGUACUUACAAAACUGAAACUGCUGCCCCCCCAACCAAACUGAUGGGUUUUUGUUUAUAUGGGCAGGUAUAAACUCG